AUGGCCACCUCCUUCCGACCUUCGAUCCUGCGCCAGGUAGCGGCAGCAGCAGCACCAGCGAAGCGCGCAUACUCGACCCCCACCGUCCGAUCUCAAUUCAAUGCGCAAACCCGACCGACAUGGACCGCGCAACGAGCAGCCUUCCAGACCUCAGCGAGACGACCCAUCCUCCCACCUCUGCCGCAGGUCAUCAAUGGCAAUGUCAAUGAACCUGCGAGAGUGCCGGAGCCGCAUCCCUCGCAUGGGAGCUACCACUGGACUAUGGAGAGACUCGUCUCCGCAGCCCUCAUCCCAGUGACAAUCGCCCCCUUCGCAGCAGGUGCCUUGAACCCUCUGCUAGAUGGCACACUAAUCGGCCUUACCCUUAUCCACACAUACAUCGGCUUCCAAUCCGUCAUCAUCGACUACAUCCCCACAUGGCGCGCCAAGACCUGGCGCAAAGUCUUCGAAUGGGCCAACGUGCUCGCCCUCGUCGUGGUCGGCUGGGGUUACUACGAGUUUGAGACCAAUGAUGUCGGUCUGACGGCGGGUAUUGCACGGAUCUGGAGGGCGGGAGCGAAUGCGCACGAGCUGGAGAAGCAGGCGGAGAAGAAGUUGGCGUAG